AUGUCAGAAAUUAAAGGCUACGAGAUCGGCGAGAUCAACGCGAAAGCUGCAUUCACCUCAGAUAUCAUCCUUGACGCCAGAAUCGAUCUUCCUAGUUGUGUCAAUGCACAGGAGUUGGGUCGUCGUGAUAUGGACGUCCGUAAAGGCAUGUACAUCACGUACUUGCCUUACCAACCACAUCCAAUCACGGGCCAGAUUAUGGCGGGCGGACGAUAUCUGUUCGAAACUUGGGAAGACGUACUUGACUACGAUCAUUGGACCACCAAUGUUUACGAGACUGGGGAUCCUCCAGAGAAGUUUUGGAGCCGAUCAACGAUGCAAAAGGUCGAACGAUGGAACUGGCAUGUCGCUGGAGCCUGUCACUUCUCCCAUCCCGAAACCCAUGGUCUAAGCCGUUUCCAACGUUGGAGCUACUCUGGUGACAAGGUCGAAGAACAUCUCCGCGAAGUUUAUCCCCGUAUUCGUGAUGCAGCCAAGGUCUAUGAAGCCGCAGGAGUGUGGCUUUUGUACCAGCCGGAGGCAAAUUUGAUUGGUCUCUUUACCAUAAUGCGAAAGCCGGAGAAUCUGGACUCUUCGUCUCUCUACGAGGCGAUCGAGGAUUUGAAGGCCCAGCCAUCUCUUGGGCCGCUUUUCCCCGAGCCGCUGAGUGUUCGAUCGGUGUUUGAUCGCUCAAGCCUCAACUUGUCAAUGUGGCUUCCUAAGUCGCGCCUGGCCGGGGGCGUUCACCAAGCUAAUACCCUAGCUCCUAUUUUCCCUCCAGUUACUGUGUAG